AUGGCUGAUGCACAAGAGCAACCCGCAGCUCCUGCGACAACUGACGCGCCUGCGACGACUACUGAGGCGACCACGGCUCCAAUCCCUCCAGCUGAUGAUAACGACAAUGAAACCUCUGAUGGCUCGGUCUAUGAGGAUUCCUCGGCGACUUCGCUGUCGUCUCUGCGAUCGAGCAUCUUGGAAUACCGGAGGGAAAAUGGACGCACUUAUCACAGCAUGAGUGACGGGAAUCUGACGCACCAUCUGUGGCUCGUUACUUGGGAUGGGGAGUUGUGCAACUCGCCCAAGAAAGACGGUGCCAAGCGCGUUCUUGACGUCGGCACUGGGACGGGGAUUUGGGCGUUGGAAUACGCCGAUCUUCAUCCCGAGGCAGACGUCAUCGGCGUUGACCUUAGUCCGAUUCAGCCGUCCUACGUACCUUCGAACUGUCAUUUCGAGGUUGACGAUGUCGAGAAAGAAUGGACUUGGAAACGACCCUUCGACUUCAUCUUCGUCCGAGCCAUGAUCUCCAGUUUCUCGGACUGGCCUGCGAUGGUCAAGAAAGCAUACGACAAUCUCGAACCAGGAGGCUACCUCGAAAUGCACGACGACGUCUUCCCCCACCGCUGCGACGACGGCACCAUGACCGAGGACUCGCUCAUCUACAAGUGGGGAAACUACCUCGUCGAGGCCACGGACAAGAUCGGGAGGCCGAUCACGGUGGCGCCCAAGUUCAAGCAGAUGCUCGAGGAGGCGGGCUUCGUCGACGUCGUCGAGAAGCAGGAGAAAUGGCCCGUCAACACGUGGCUGGAGCGAGACGACAAGGCGCAGCAGCUGGCGCCGUGGUCGCACGCGGCGACUCUCCAGGGGCUCGAGCCCGCCUCGCUCGCCCUCUUCACCCGCGUGCUUGAUUGGACCAAGGAGGAGACUCUUGUCUUCUGUGCUCACGUGCGGAAUGAGGUGCGCAGCAAGGACAUCCACGCGUACUUUGGGGUGUACGGCGUUUAUGGUCGCAAGCCCGAGGAGGCGGCGGAGGCUGCGGAAGCGGCGGGAGCUCCGGAGGACCCCUAG